AUGUCCACCGGUUAUGGAACGGAAGCUGAAAAGCUGAGUGCGCUCUGGGUCGUCGUCACUACAGCGGUAGAGCAGCUGAAUAUUUUGUCGUCCGAGUUCCCGAGAUUGCGCUCACAGCUGGAUAGAUUAUCGAGCGAAGUGUGCUCACUGCGUUCGCGUGUGGAGUCCUUUGAGGAGGACUUGGUGGAGUCACUCAGCGACCUGCACCAGCGCCUAGAUUUGCUUCACUCGCAUUCUGCUGCCUAUGAUCUCGGUGAUCUGGGGCCCCAAACUACAGAUAUUAGCUUGGCCAAUGGAAUAUUGGCGAUGGCGGUGUGCUUUGCUCAGCUCCUGUGGCUGCAGGCAGACCCUGAAGAACAGCAGCACGGAGAUGAGAAAGAUGACGAGGGCGAGGGAGAAGCUGAGGAAGCUGCGACAGAUCAACAGCCCCCGAAGCGAAAAAGCAAUCCGCACAACGGCCCGGUGUACAGUGUCUACAUGGCCUUCCUCGAGCCUCUUGUCUUGAGCUUCGUUCCCUUGUGA